CCGUGCCGUCAGCGGCGGGCGGUGCCGCGCAGCGAGCUGGGGGGGUCGCGCCGCCAUGCGAUUUCGGGCAAAGAUUGUGGAUCUCGCCUGCCUCAACAACUUCAGCCGUGAGUAUGGCAGGUCAGGCUGAAGGGCGGCAGUGCCUUGCUAAGCGACUGGCUUCGACUUUCCCGGGCAAAGGGGAGAGGAAGGGAGGUGUAAUUAACACAAUCUCCAAGUUAACCAAGACGUGCACCCUGCGCCUUACUGUCUGCAAGUUGUAUUUCAUCCUCUCCGAUAAAGUAGCAAAUGGAGGCGCGAGUAUGUGGUGUGAGCUGUGCCAGGGGAAUUUCUUCGACGAAUUUCAGAUGGAAGGAGUAGCUGCAGAGCACAAUGAAAUCUAUUUAGAGUUGGUGCCUGAGAACCUGUCAAGAGCAUUAAAAACUGCCCACAGUGCUAAGGCAGUGAAGAUCAAGUUGACUAAUAAACACUGUCCUUGUCUCAGAGUUGCUGUGGAGUUACCAUCUUUAUCAAGCAGCAGUAGGAUUGUGACACAUGACAUUCCUGUGGGGGUUAUUCCCAGAAGAAUAUGGAAUGACUUCAGAGAGCCCACUAUGCCAGACUUUGAUGUCAGUAUUUACCUACCAGUGCUGAAAAUAAUGAAGAGUGUUGUGGAAAGAAUGAAGAAUCUCAGCAAUUUCAUUGUGAUUGAAGCAAACUUGAGUGGAGAAAUGAACUUGAAAAUAGAAACUGACUUAGUAUCUGUAACAACACAUUUUAAAGACCUGGGAAAUCCUCCCUGGGCAUCAGAAGAUGGGUGUCAAAGUUCUGCUCAAGGCAGAAAUCUGGAAAGUAUGGCUGAGGCACGCAUAGACAUCAAGAAGCUGCAGCAGCUGCUUGCUGGACAGCAGGUCAAUCCUACAAAAGCAUUGUGCAAUAUUGUAAGUAAAAGAAUUGUCCACUUCAUCUUGCUGCAUGAGGAUGUUUCACUUCAGUAUUUUAUUCCAGCACUUGCCUGAAUAUUUUGGAAUCUUGAGCAUUUUCCAACCUGAGACCUUUUCCAUGAAGUCUGAAAUCUUUCCUGAAUUGCUGGAGUAUUUUCGCAUGAUACACUGUUAGAAGCAGCCAUCAGAUGGACAUUAUUUCAGUGUUUAUGAAAUUAUUCAUAAUACCUCCUCAUCCAGAAAGCCGUUUUGGAAAGAUGUACCUCUGGGAAGCUGACAUAUUGCAGUCUUAAGGGAAACAAAACUGAAAUUUGAAUGUGCUUUUGGGAUGCUUUGAGCUAUGGGGAUGGCAAUGAAGUAUUUUGGUUUUGUCAAAAAACAUAAAGGUAGAAUGCAUCUCUGGAGCUGCUGCUGUGUGUAUUCAGUAUUGGGCAAUGCAGCUCCAAGUUAAGAGGUCUCUAAGCAAGCCAUCAUACUUCCAUGGAGCAGGAGAGCCCUCUGGAGGGUUGCAGAUUGGUAUUUGCCUAAACAGGUACACACAGCCCUCCUGAAGUGGUACUAAAUUGAAUUCUGUUCCAGUAGCGAUGUGUGUGAACUUGAUGCUGUUAAAUGUUGUGCAGCAGAAAUCUAACUGCCAGCAAGUAACAAGAUAUAACAGAUGCUAAGGAGCACCAGCAGUUCAGCAGCAUCUCUUUUUACCUGGUUGUGUCUUUUGAUCUGACUUGCUCCAACAUAACUCAGUAGCUCUGUGCUUACUCUUUGUUUAGCUCUUGGCCUGAGAGGAUGAGCUAAACAGUCUGGAUUACUUUGCUAAUGUGGGCAGUGAAAAUCUGUGUACAAAAUGAGGACAUGCAUGAACACAGCAAUUGGUGUGAAAUAAAGGGCAAGUUAUCUCUGAAUCACA